ACUACUCCUAGCUAGGCCAACGGUUAGGAUGUUCCUCUAUAAAUUUUGUAUGGUCACAUGUGAAAGCACUCUCAUAACAAAGACACAAAACAAAAACAUAUUAAGGCAUGUGAACUACACACGGAUAUAGACAUAUAAUAGUUGAGUACAGAAGCCUGGCUACUGGCUUUACUGCUCUGUUCCCCUUGUGACCAUAACAUUAUUAUUAUUAUUGUUCUCACUUCUCAGCCUCAACUCAGGCCUCAGCUAUUUACAUCUUAUUUCACUCUUACUGAUCAAUCGUCAGAGCAAUAGUAUUUUGGUACUCUUUACUCUCCUAUGAAGAUGGGAUCGAUCUUUGUUCUCUUUCUAUUCGCAACUUGGCCCUUUUUUGCUGUUGCUUCAUUGGAUGGGCCUUUGUAUGAUUAUACGGCUUACACUGAGUGUAAAGUGAAGCCUGAGAGGCCACUCUACAAUGGAGGAAUUCUUAAUAAAGAGAAGCCUACCGCUGUUGGGGAAUAUGGAAGUGAUGGUUUCUAUUCACCUGCGUUCAUACUUCGCAACCUUACUCAAUCCACCAUUUACUGCUUCUCCAGUUGGGUUAAGAUAGAAGGUGAGGGUUCAGCUCUCAUAAGGGUAAGUUUGAAGACAGAAGAUGAGACCUAUAACUGUGUAGGCACUGUUUUGGCUAAGCGUGGAUGCUGGUCUUUUCUUAAGGGUGGAUUUGUUCUUGACACACCCUCCAAUUUAUCAAUAUUAUAUUUUCAGAAUUCAGAUGAUAGUGAUGUUGGUAUAAACAUUGCAAGCUCUUCUCUGCAAUCAUUUACCAAUGAACAAUGGAGAAUAAAUCAGCAAUAUAUAAUCAAUUAUAAAAGGAAACGUGCUGUGACAGUUCAUGUCUCUAAUGAAAAUGGAGAAAGGUUACAAGGAGCCACGGUUUCUAUAGAGCAAGUGGCCAAGGAUUUCCCAUUUGGGUCUGCCAUAGCAAAGACCAUCAUAGGAAAUUUGCCAUAUCAGAAAUGGUUUGCAAAACGAUUCAAUGCUGCGGUUUUCGAAAAUGAACUCAAAUGGUAUGCAACAGAACCUAAACAAGGCCAAAUUAAUUAUACCUUAGCAGAUCAAAUGUUGGAGUUCAUUCGAGCUAAUCAAAUUAUAGCAAGAGGGCAUAACAUAUUUUGGGAAGACCCCGUGUACACACCACCAUGGGUUAGAAAUCUCACCAGCUUUGACCUUAAAUCAGCUGUGGACUCUAGAAUCCAAAGCCUAAUGAGCAAAUACAAAGAUGAAUUCAUUCAUUGGGAUGUUAGCAAUGAAAUGCUUCACUUUGAUUUCUAUGAAAAACGGCUUGGCCCUGAUGCCACACUGAGUUUCUAUGAAUCUGCACACAAAUAUGAUCCGUUGGCAACCUUAUUCAUGAAUGAAUUCAACGUAGUUGAGACAUGCAGUGAUGUGAACUCAACCGUUGAUACCUAUAUUUCAAGGUUGAUAGAACUCAAAAAAGGUGGAGUUUUUAUGGAUGGAAUUGGUCUAGAGGGGCAUUUUACAGUACCUAAUCCUCCACUAAUGAGAGCUAUACUAGAUAAGUUGGCCACAUUAGGAAUUCCCAUUUGGCUGACAGAAGUAGACAUCAGUAAAACCCUUGACAAAACAUCUCAGGCUAUCUACUUAGAACAAGUUUUAAGAGAAGGCUUUUCACAUCCAUCUGUUAAUGGUAUAAUGCUUUGGACUGCUCUCCAUCCUAAUGGAUGCUACCAAAUGUGCCUGACAGACAACAAUCUCCAAAACCUCCCAGCUGGUGAUGUAGUUGACAAGCUUUUGAAAGAAUGGCAAACUGGGGAAUUAGAGGGUGUGAGUGAUAAUCAUGGAUCAUAUAGUUUCUAUGGAUUUCUAGGUGAGUACAAGGUCAAUGUCAAGUAUCAAAACAGAGCUGCAAAUUCCACAUUCUCACUCUCUCAAGGUGAAGAAACUAAACACUUCAGCAUUCAGCUCUGACUCACUCUCUUACCAAUUCACAUAUUUUCAAAAUACCCUUUAGAAAAACUUGGAGAAUUUACACUAAAAAUCAGCUUAAGUGCAUAGCCAAUAAUGAUUCAAAGUUGGCCUUAUCUUCUUUAGAAGUUAGGUGUAGUAUUUUUACAGAGUUAUUGUUAUGAAUAACUAGAAAGAAAAAGCACUGCAGAACAUUGGCCCA